AUGGGACUGAACUGUGCUUGCUCGAGGAAAAGCGGUAGUAAGGACAUUUGCACGCCCACAGGGGAUUCAGGCAAAGAUGAUUUGGGCACCGAUGGCUCCAAAAAGGAGACUGCACGGGUUUUGUGGAGUAGACCGGUAGAAUUUAUACUCUCACUCAUUGGCUAUGCAGUCGGCCUUGGGAACAUCUGGCGAUUUCCAUACAUUACCAUGGAGAAUGGCGGAGGCGCUUUCCUCGUCCCCUACAUUAUAUUCAUGCUCUUCUGCGGCAUCCCAUUUUGCUACAUGGAGUUUACGCUUGGCCAGUUCACUGGGCUAAGUCCUGUGAAGGCAUUCGAAUUCGCACCCCUAUUUAAAGGUAAAUACUUUCCUCAUAACUUAGCUACUACCUUAUUGCGCAUUACGCAGUCCGUCUGUUUUGUAGGACUGGGAUGGGCAAUGCUGAUAGCCUCAAGUGUGCUUUGCAUCUACUACAACAUUGUCAUGGCUUGGGUGUUUUAUUACCUUGGCAUGUCCUUCCGGUGGAAUCUGCCCUGGAAGUCAUGCAACAAUUCUUGGAACACUCCAGCUUGCUUCAGCUAUUCCGAAGUGGUGGUCUACGUUACGGCUCCUCUACCGUACGUGUUUUUAACAGUUCUUGUGAUACGUGGAAUUACAUUGCCCGGAUCCUCAAUCGGUCUGGAGUUUUACCUCAAGCCGAAAUGGGAAAAACUUUUGGAUUUCACGAUUUGGACUCGAGCUGCUGUCCAAGUGUUCUACUCUCUUGGUCCUGCUUGGGGAGGUCUAAUUACCAUGUCUUCGUACAACCACUACAACCGAAAAUUUAACAGGGACGCAGUUCUUCUGCCACUCAUUUGUGGAGGGACGGGCAUUUUCGGAGGGCUGGCCGUAUUCUCCAUCACUGGACAUAUGGCUUAUCAAAUGGGAAUCAAAGACGUAGGUGCUUUGAUGCGGAAUGGACCAGGUCUUGCAUUUAUUGCUUACCCCGAGGCACUUGCACAAAUCCCCGGAGCUCCUAUCUGGACCGUUCUCUUCUUUGCUAUGCUGAUUACACUAGGUAUUGACACACAGUUCGCUACCCUGGAAACGAUGACAAGCGGUUUAAUGGAUCUAUUUCCCACAACCAUUGGAAAACACAAAAUCCUCUUUACCUUUCUUACGUGUUUUGUUGAAUUUCUACUUGGUCUGAUACUUGUGACGCGGGCCGGUGGAUAUUACUUCCAAGUUUUCGAUUGGUAUGCAACACCUACCAGCAUCAUCAUUAUAGCCACAUUAGAAGUCAUCGUUAUCUCGUACAUAUAUGGUGCGAAGAAAAUGUUCACUAACGCUGAAACAAUGCUUGGCCCUCGGACGCGCUUCAUGCGCUACUUCUGGGUGACUUUGUGGUACCUGGUGACACCGGCAUUUACAGUUUUUAUCUUCAUCACAAUGUUGAUAAACUAUGCUCCCCCCAUGUUUACCAAUGGCGAACCCUUCCCUGACUGGACGUCUGUUUUUGGAUGGUGUCUUGCAUCAACUUCCAUCAUCCCAAUCCCGGCGACGGCCUUGGUAGAAAUCUAUAGAAAUCGACACAGUCUGAAAAAUCUUUUAAAACCGAAGCCCGAAUGGAUUAUGGCAACUGCAGUGCGUUAUGAAAGCUCAAAAAAGCAGGAUGUUCCGCUUGAAGAUGGCUUGAGUGAAAAAGUGACCGGAAGUGGUUCCAUCUGA